CUCGAGCAAUGCUUGGCCAACUCUACAGCCAAAGGUCUUCCACCUAUCAGUGUCCUCCCCAUGGCCGGCCAACAUCUAUCCAUUCUUGCUCAGCUCAUUGGAGCCAAGUCGAUUCUCGAAGUUGGUACGCUGGGGGGUUACUCGUCUAUUGUGUUUGCAGAAGCAGGUGCCAAGGUGACCAGCAUUGAGAUCAACCCAAAACAUCGCGACGUGGCGCUAGAGAAUGUCAAAGGCCUCGACGCAGAAGUUCUACUCGGAGCGGCGCUGGAUGUCUUGCCGAAGCUUGCGGAGGAAGGGAGGCAGUUUGACAUGGUGUUCAUUGACGCGGCCUUUGAUGACCAAUGGGAGCACUUUGACUGGGCGGUCAAGUUGACGCGCCCCAAUGGAUGUAUAUUCCUCGACGACGUGAUCCCUACGAUGAUUCAGAACGGGCAGACAAAAGAGGGAGGCGAGACUAUUUUGACAAAGAUUGGCAGAGACGAGAGAGUUCAGGCCACGCUGAUGCCGACCGUG